AUGUCGGCUUGCGAAACGUGCCGAAAAACGGAUGACGUCAAAAUAAUCCUGCGACAAUGCGGUCACAUCAUUUGUCUUCCCUGUAUAUUGGAUUAUUUGAAGCACAAGAUUAUUUUGGAGGGCGAGCCACGAAUUAAAUGUUUGAAAGUGGAUUGUAUGCAACCAAUACAUCAGAAUGAUAUAAAUGCGGUUUUAGAUGAGAAGGAGGUGAUUUUUGGGCAAAAUUAUCGAUUUUUAGUGCAAAAAACUGGAUUUUUUGAUUUCAGGCAGCUUUGGAGCAUUAUAUGUCAAUCGAUAAUCGCCGCUAUCUUCAAUUCAAGCAAAACAAGCAUUCGAUUUAUAAGGCUCUUCCUACUGAUGAAAUUAAGCGAUGUCCAUUGUGUAGGGUGGGUAUGUUCCUUUAAAAUUGGUAAAAAUUUUUGAAUUUCCCGUUUUCCCGCUCAAAAAGCGUUGCGGAAUCGCGGAGCAUCGUUGUUCUCAUUGAAAAUUGCUGUAGGAACCGAUUUUGUUCAUGAAAAUUCAAAAAUUUCAUUUUACCGCGCAAAAAAACCUAGCGGAAUCGCGGAGCAUCGUUGUUUUCAUUGAAAAUCGCGAUUUUCGGUAUAAAAUAUUUGAAUUUCCCGUUUUCCCGCGCAAAAAAACCCAAGCGGAAUCGCGGAGCAUCGUUGUUUUCAUGAAAAUCAAGAUUUUUUGAUAAAAAUAUUCGAAUUUCCCAUCUUCCCGCCCAAUAAACCUGAGCGGAAUCGCGGAGCAUCGUUGUAAAACCCCCAAUUUUUGCAGUCAAUCUACAUGAAAGAACCCGGCUGUCAUUUCGUCACUUGCGCUAACUCGGCCUGUGGCCUGGCCUUCUGCUGGACCUGUGAGAAGCCCGUCCCACGGCCCGUCUCGCAUUUCACAGGCCUAAAGGCCCGGGCUUGCAGACUUGGAUAUUUGGACUAUGAAAGGCUUCUCAAUUGUCUGCGCUAUGUUUUGGAUAUCAAUUUUAUUGCGUUGUGGGCUUUUCUGCCUGUUGUCUAUUUUUUGGCCUAUUUGGUAGGCUUUUUGGGCUUUUGGGGGCUGAAAAAUGGCCUAGAAACCGAAAAAAUGGCCUAGAAACCCAAAUUUUCCGAAUUUCUAGGCCAUUUUUUAAUUCCAGUUCAUCCCAAUCGCAAUCUUCUUCACAAUCCCAAUCAGCAUUAUCUAUGAAAUUUGGCGUGAUGCCAAAGUUAGCCGAACUUUUUGGAUUGCACUGAUUCCGCUUAUGAUGAAGUCGAUUUUGAGCCUGAUUUUUGGUAAAUUAUUUUUCAGCAUGAAAUUUGGAGAAAAAUGACUGGAAAUAUGGUGAAAUUCGGGAAAAUUGAGAUUUUUCGCUUCAGGACCCGAAAAUUUCGAAUUUUAAAGGUCCCGGGGCGAAAAUUCACUAAUUUUCGCUUCAGGACCCGGAAAAUCAUGAUUUUUCGCUUCAGGACCCGGAAAAUUCAGGUUUUCAGGGUUCCUAAGCGAAAUUUUGUGAUUUUCCGUUUUGGGAGCCUGAAAAUCAUGAUUUUCUGGGUCUUGAAGCGAAAAUUCACAAAAUUUCGAAUUUUCAAGGUCCCGGGGCGAAAAUUUAUCAAAAAUGACUGAUUUUCGCUUCAGGACCCGAAAAAUCAUGAUUUGUUGUGUCCUGAAGUGAAAUUUUGUGAUUUUUCGCUUCGAGACCCGAAAAUUUCGGAUUUUCAAGGUCCCGAAGCGAAAUUUUGUGGUUUUUCGCUUCGAGACCUCAAAAAAUUGAAAUUUUUGAUGAAUUUUCGCUCCAGGACCCGCAAAAUCAUGAUUUUCAGGGUUCCCAAGCGAAAUUUUGCGAUUUUUCGCUUCGAGACCCGAAAAUUUCGGAUUUUCAAGGUCCCGAAGCGAAAUUUUGUGAUUUUUCGCUUCAAGACUCGAAAAUUUCUGAUUUUCAAGGUCCCGAAGCGAAAUUUUGUGAUUUUUCGCUUCGAGACCCGGAAAAUCCAGGUUUUCAGGGUUCCUGAGCGAAAUUUUGUGAUUUUUCGCUUCGAGACCCGAAAAUUUCGGAUUUUCAAGGUCCCGAAGCGAAAUUUUGUGGUUUUUCGCUUCGAGACCUCAAAAAAUUGAAAUUUUUGAUGAAUUUUCGCUCCAGGACCCGCAAAAUCAUGAUUUUCAGGGUUCCCAAGCGAAAUUUUGCGAUUUUUCGCUUCGAGACCCGAAAAUUUCGGAUUUUCAAGGUCCCGAAGCGAAAUUUUGUGAUUUUUCGCUUCGAGACCCGAAAAUUUCGGAUUUUCAAGGUCCCGAAGCGAAAUUUUGUGAUUUUUCGCUUCGAGACCCGAAAAUUUCGGAUUUUCAAGGUCCCGGGGUGAAAUUUUGUGAUUUUUCGCUCCAAGACCCGGAAAAUCCAGGUUUUCAGGGUUCCUGAGCGAAAUUUUGUGAUUUUUCGCUUCGAGACCCGAAAAUUUCGGAUUUUCAAGGUCCCGAAGCGAAAUUUUGUGGUUUUUCGCUUCGAGACCUCAAAAAAUUGAAAUUUUUGAUGAAUUUUCGCUCCAGGACCCGCAAAAUCAUGAUUUUCAGGGUUCCCAAGCGAAAUUUUGCGAUUUUUCGCUUCGAGACCCGAAAAUUUCGGAUUUUCAAGGUCCCGAAGCGAAAUUUUGUGAUUUUUCGCUUCGAGACCCGAAAAUUUCGGAUUUUCAAGGUCCCGAAGCGAAAUUUUGUGAUUUUUCGCUUCGAGACCCGAAAAUUUCGGAUUUUCAAGGUCCCGGGGUGAAAUUUUGUGAUUUUUCGCUCCAAGACCCGGAAAAUCCAGGUUUUCAGGGUUCCUGAGCGAAAUUUUGUGAUUUUUCGCUUCGAGACCCGAAAAUUUCGGAUUUUCAAGGUCCCGAAGCGAAAUUUUGUGGUUUUUCGCUUCGAGACCUCAAAAAAUUGAAAUUUUUGAUGAAUUUUCGCUCCAGGACCCGCAAAAUCAUGAUUUUCAGGGUUCCCAAGCGAAAUUUUGCGAUUUUUCGCUUCGAGACCCGAAAAUUUCGGAUUUUCAAGGUCCCGAAGCGAAAUUUUGUGAUUUUUCGCUUCAAGACUCGAAAAUUUCUGAUUUUCAAGGUCCCGAAGCGAAAUUUUGUGAUUUUUCGCUUCGAGACCCGGAAAAUCCAGGUUUUCAGAGUUCCUGAGCGAAAUUUUGUGAUUUUUCGCUUCGAGACCCGAAAAUUUCGGAUUUUCAAGGUCCCGAAGCGAAAUUUUGUGAUUUUUCGCUUCGAGACCCGAAAAUUUCGGAUUUUCAAGGUCCCGAAGCGAAAUUUUGUGAUUUUUCGCUUCAAGACUCGAAAAUUUCUGAUUUUCAAGGUCCCGAAGCGAAAUUUUGUGAUUUUUCGCUCCAAGACCCGGAAAAUCCAGGUUUUCAGGGUUCCUGAGCGAAAUUUUGUGAUUUUUCGCUUCGGGACCUUAAAAAUCAUGAUUUUCUGAGUCUUGAAGCGAAAUUUUGUGAUUUUUCGCUUUGGGAGCCUGAAAAUCAUGAUUUUCUGGGUCUUGAAGCGAAAUUUUGUGAUUUUUCGCUUUGGGAGCCUGAAAAUCAUGAUUUUCUGGGUCUUGAAGCGAAAUUUUGUGAUUUUUCGCUUUGGGAGCCUGAAAAUCAUGAUUUUCUGGGUCUUGAAGCGAAAUUUUGUGAUUUUUCGCUCCAGGACCAUGAAAAUCCUAAUUUUUCAUGAUUUUCACCAUAUUUUCAGUCAUUUUUCAGCAAAUUUUUUCGAAAAAUUCGCUAAUUUCAGCUCUACUUUUAUCAAUUCCCGUCACUUUUGGCUCAAUUUUAAUGGGAUUUUUCGUUUCUGGCUUCUAUGGAAUGUAUUGUAUGCUGAAAUCUGUGCCUUUUUUAUGCUCUGGAAAUCGAAUCGGAACAAUUCUAUGUGUUAUGAGAUGGUGUGGACGAAUCUUCAGAAUCGGACCAUAUGGACAACUUUUGGAUGAGGCGAGAGCAAAUCAGAAAGCCGCGAUUUUGAAGAUGGAAGAUCAAUUGGAUGAUUUUGAAAAUGCGGUGCAAGAUGACGUGGAAUCCACAACGAAAAUCGAAAAAGAGACGGAGACAUCGAAAAUUUCGAAGAAAUGA